AUGAAUGCUUUAGCAGCAACAAACAGAAACUUCAAGCUUGCUUCUAGGCUUCUGGGUUUGGAUUCUAAGCUUGAGAAGUCUCUUCUUAUCCCUUUCAGAGAAAUUAAGGUGGAGUGUACUAUACCGAAAGACGAUGGGACACUAGCAUCGUUUGUUGGGUUCAGAGUCCAACACGACAAUGCAAGAGGUCCUAUGAAAGGUGGAAUCAGAUAUCAUCCUGAGGUUGAACCGGAUGAAGUGAACGCAUUGGCUCAGCUCAUGACAUGGAAAACAGCAGUGGCUAAGAUUCCGUACGGUGGAGCCAAAGGAGGGAUUGGUUGUGAUCCGAGCAAGCUCAGCGUCUCUGAGCUUGAGAGAUUGACUCGUGUUUUCACUCAGAAGAUUCAUGAUCUCAUUGGGAUUCAUACUGAUGUUCCAGCUCCUGAUAUGGGCACUGGUCCUCAGACAAUGGCUUGGAUUCUUGAUGAGUACUCAAAGUUCCAUGGUUACUCACCUGCUGUUGUGACUGGAAAACCUAUUGAUCUUGGUGGAUCACUCGGGAGAGACGCGGCUACUGGAAGAGGAGUGAUGUUUGGAACCGAAGCUUUGCUUAACGAGCACGGCAAGAGCAUCUCAGGGCAACGUUUUGUCAUCCAGGGGUUUGGGAAUGUAGGCUCUUGGGCUGCGAAGCUGAUAAGUGAACAAGGUGGGAAGAUUGUUGCGGUGAGUGACAUUUCCGGAGCCAUCAGGAACAAGGAUGGUAUCGAUAUCGAGAGCUUGCUGAACUAUACUAAAGAACAUAGAGGUGUUAAAGGGUUUGAUGGUGCGCAUCCGAUUGAUGCAAAUUCGAUACUGGUUGAGGAUUGUGAUAUCCUUAUCCCUGCAGCACUUGGUGGUGUCAUCAACAGGGAGAAUGCGAAUGAGAUUAAAGCAAAGUUUAUCAUUGAAGCUGCUAAUCACCCAACUGAUCCUGAUGCUGAUGAGAUAUUGAGUAAGAAAGGUGUGGUUAUUCUCCCAGACAUAUAUGCAAACUCUGGAGGAGUCACUGUCAGCUACUUCGAAUGGGUUCAGAACAUACAAGGGUUUAUGUGGGAAGAAGAGAAGGUGAACGAUGAGCUGAGGACAUACAUGAAUCGUGGAUUCAAAGAUAUGAAAGAGAUGUGCCAAACUCACUCAUGUGAUCUUAGGAUGGGAGCUUUCACGCUAGGUGUUAACCGUGUGGCUCGUGCUACCGUUCUCAGAGGCUGGGGAGCUUGA